UCCGGGGUGGGAGGGAAGGCUGAGGUGACCCCAGGAGCCGAAACUGAGGCUGAGGCUGAGGCCGAGGCCUCAGAGACGGCAGCAGCAAUGGGUGCGCACCUGGCUCGGAGGCACUUUUUGGACUCGGAGGUGGAGCCCGACCCGUUGCAGAUGCCCACUUUUCCCCCGGAUUAUGGCUUCCAUGGACGCAAGGAGCGAGUGAUGGUGGCCACACAGCAGGAAAUGAAUGAUGCACAGCUACUGCUGAAACAGCGGGAUUACUGCGCACACCAUCUCAUCCGACUACUCAAGUGUAAGCGGGACAGUUUUCCAAAUUUCCUGGCCUGCGGCCAUGAGAAGCACAUCUGGGACCUCUGCGAGCAUCAAGACUAUGUGGGCCGCAUGAAAGAGUUUGAGCGGGAACGGCGUUUGCUGGCACGACAGAAGCGGCAGGCGAAGAGCAAAUCUUCAGAGUGAAAAUAACCACGAUUAUACUAAGACCCCAGCUCUGUCCCCAUAAUCAUGUACCAGCUGGAUAAAUAAAUACUGUUUUGAACUUC